UCUGGGUAUAAGGAAACGGCUAACGCCUUGCCGGAGCCUGGGGACCACGCUCGCGACGGUUGAGGUGCGCUUGAGAACUAGGCAAAAUGGCAACGGAGGAUGAGACGGAUAACCGUAAGAGUGAAGGAGGAUCAGGCUUAGGAGGCAGUGUCGUGCAGAGCGAAGAAGGGCAGAAAGACAGGGAAUCGGCAAACCCAGAUGGUACCAAAGGGAACCGGAAGGAAAUCUCCUCAGGCGAAAGCUCGGGGAAAGUCGGGGGAAGCAGGCAAGGGACUCAGGAAACCAAGGAGGGAAGGAAUAAGGAUAGGACAAGCCCCCGGAAUUCAGAGGGAGCUGCGUCUAAGAAAGUAAGGGUCACGGACGCGAGGCGCAAACUAGCAGAAAUAGAAAAGAGGACCGCAGAGUACAAAGCAAGAUUGAUCGAGGAAAUGAUGACUGGGAACGAAGAAGGCCCUCUGCAGGAAGAACCGCGGGACGAAAGGAGGGCUGGCCGAGGCGGAACUGGGCAAAGGGAUAAGGGUAGUAACCGUGGGGGAACUCCGAGCAAAAGGAGGAAAGAAAGAGAGAACUCCCCCGGGAUGGAAGCGGAGAAAGUUACGAACCCACCAGCCAUAGAUAAUAGGGCUAGCCGCUUGCCGACCACACCAACAAUCACGCGAGGAUGUGAGGGACUCUGGAGCCUUAGGGAAAGAGUGUUGGGAUGGUUCGACCCAGAAGGAACUGCGAACACCAGAGAGGAACAGAAAGCCGGCAAGGAAGGGCCGGAUACCAGUAUGGCAGGAGAGGCCAGUAGCUCCGAAGGCGACCUUAGGAAGAUAGUAUCAUCCCUUGCGCGAGCACUGAACAAAAACCAGGGCUACCUAGCGGACGCUAAGAAAAACUUGAUGUUUGAUGGGGCGAACAUCACAGAGUUCCUGAUCGAUUAUAAGAACCUGGCUACGCUGCUGAAAUGGACCGAAGAAGAAAAGAUGGACCACCUAGGACAGCAUGUGUCACUGAGCCUAGGGCGGGACAUAAUGGCCAUUGUGGUCGCGAGCCGGUCUUUGAAAGAAACCCGUGAUGUGAUGAUGAGAAAAUAUUUGGCAGCAGAGGACAUGGCGACGGAGGCCGAUUUAGCGGCAGUCCAGAGGAAGAACUUCGCGACGUACAAUGACUUCCUACGGGAGUUUACUUUGGUAGCACUAAGGAUCCCCAGGGUUACGGACCGAAUAAUGAGAUACGACCAACCUCCAUUGGAUGUCCGAGACAGGCCGUACACCGCAAUGCACACCCCCGUAGGACAGUUGCAGAUGCAGAUGACUCCUAUGGGCUUUACGAACGCGGUAGCCGAUGCACAAAGGAGGAUGCUCGCCGUAGCUGGAGAUAUGUUUCCAGAGAAGUGCGAGCCCUACAUCGACGAUAAUUCGAUCAAAGGCACGCAGGAAAAGGACGAGACGGAAGUCCAGCCGGGAAUCCUAAGUAUUGCGCAAGAAUUGCGUGACGACGACAAUGAGGAGGAGGAAUCGAGUGACGGCGAUGACGGGGAGGAAUCAAACGACGACGAUGACGAGGAGGAGGAAUCAAACAACGAUGACGAGGAGGAGGAAUUGAGCGAGGAUGAGGAAUCAGAAGACACAGACUCUGAGGAUAAUGAAGUAAAGGAUGCAUCAGAAGUUGAUGUCGACAUGCUCAAGAAAAGUCUAUUCGGAAAAUUUUUAGGAGAAGCGAACCAGAUAGUGGCACAGAAGGUGUUAAGAGUGACAUUCAACGGCAUAAAGGUUUGCACAAAAGCAUGGGGAAGGUUGUACGGAUGCUCGACUACACGUGUUGCAAGGCUACGCAAAGACUUCAGAGACGGACUAGUGUUUUGUUUCUCGAGAAAGCUGACUGUACAUGAUGCGUUCGAUCUUCCUGAGUUGCAACACAUCAUUACGGAGUCAUACAAGGUAGAACAAGAUCAUGGCGUUUACGUUGAGGAAACGACGGAAACAAUGGAUUGGAAGUUGUACAUUCAGGAUCAUCUACAAAAUGUCAAUGAUAUUAGUUUCAAUCAACAUUUCCGAAUCAAGCGCAACGGCGACGGAGAGGUGCGCAUUUGGAGCAAGCAAUAUCACAAUUCGCAGUGGCAGCCGAACGACAGAGAAGGUCUGGACAUCUUCAAGUCAGAGCCAACAGAACAAGUUCAAGCUUCACCAAAGCAUGCAAUCCGAUCUUUGGAAGCCAGAUUUCGGCUUACUUGUCGGGGUGAGGACGAGAGGAGUGAUAAGGUCGGCAGCAGCGAAGGUCAUGUUCGUAAUCGAAAAAUGGGAGGGUCUUCGAAAUUCAAGGUUGACGAUGAUGUACUUUCCAUUGCAGCCUUGAAAGCCAACGUUCAAGUGGCGGGCAUCGAUAAGCACAUCAUCACCAACCUUGAAUGGGUGAUCCAUCCUCGAUCGGUUCGCACGUGCUGCCAUGCGAGUCUGGGAAGCGGYUAUGUGCUCAUGUGCGGUCUUCAUAAUGGACGUCAUGUGUGCAACCCAAUCAUCCAGCCCGGGACAACUCUUGUCGGGGUACAUCUGGGACGGUCAAAGGAAGUCCGCGGGAACACGCGGGUGAUAGCCGAGGUCGCAAUAAUAAGGCGACAUCCCCGUGGCUGGCGAGACGGCGUGGUUGUAGACUAUCUCCACGUGGGCAAGAUGGAGAUCCCAUUGCUGGUCGUCACGAACAAUCUUUCGAAGAAUAUCCCCGAGAGUCCUGUUCAUGAUCUCGGUCUGACCAUCAGAGUGAGGAUGGUAAGACGAGGAGAAGCGGAGCUGAGUGCCGUAUACCUCGUGGAGCCGUCGCCAGAAUCAGCUGGUAAAGCGCGGGUCACAGUCAGAUAUGAUGCUCAGAGGUAAGCCGUGGUCACGCAAGACUCGGUCAAAUACGAUGUCGGCGACCUCACGUGCACUGAUGGCAUAGCGGCACGGAACAAAGCGUGCACGCUUCG